UUGUGAUGUCUAGUACAGAUUAAAAUGAAACAGUUUGUAGCAAAAAAAUUAAUAUAGCCAUUCUUAUAGGUGCCCAUGACAUUUAAUUCUGACAGUGAUGUCAUUUUAGACUUUUCAUUUGAUAGAUUCUGGUAGAAAUCGUUUGAAAAAUGUAAAUAAUAGUAUUUCGAAGAAUUUAGUUAUAGAGAAAUCAAAAUUCCAGUCCCAACUUGUCCACAACAUACCAAAUUGAAAGUGUGAGUUCAUCUAAAGAAUAGAAUGAAAAUAAUAUAUAAGUAUUAAUAUUAGUAUUUUUAUUUUUUGUCAACAUGACUGAGGAAGAACCAGAGGAGCAACCAGAGGAACAAGAACAACCACCAAUAGAGACCGCGCUAGCAGAUCCGAGGUUUCAAAACACGAAUGUCACCAACUGGUGCUUUGCCACUUUUGUAGACUACCACAGAUGUCGAAGACUGCUAGGAGAAGAAAACGAGUGCUGCGAACAGUUUGCUAAAAUUUUCAAAUCCAUAUGCCCCAACGACUGGGUAUCGCGAUGGGAAGACCAACUGGAAGUAGGAACUUUCCCGCUAGACAUACCUCCUGAAGACUGUAAGGACUGA